AUAAUCAAUCUUUUUAAAGAGGCUAAAUAAAUAUGCAAUAGCCCAAUUCGAAGGCCCAACAUUAAUCCAGUUUAAAUAUAACUGCAGCUGCAGCUGCAUCGUCUCUUCAAGACUUCAACUUCAAGUCAAAGUCGUUACAUUCUCAUUUUCUCCGACUCCAUUUCUUCCACCUAGCGCCGCCUCGCGCUGCUCCUGGAUCCGCCACCUCGCCGGAAGAUAUCCAGCCUCGUCACCGGCGACCGCCUCCACCGCCUCUCUCUCUCUUCUCCCCCUUUCCCUUCCCACCACGAUGGAUUGGCAAGGGCAGAAGCUAGCAGAGCACCUGAUGCAGGUGUUGUUGGUGUGUUUUGCUGUGGUGGCCUUCAUCACGGGCUAUGUGUUGGGGUCAUUUCAGAUGAUGAUGCUGAUCUAUGCAGCUGGUGUGGUGUUGACGUCUCUGCUUACAGUUCCCAACUGGCCCUUGUUCAACCGCCACUCCCUCAAUUGGUUAGACCCAAGUGAGGCUGAGAAGCACCCGAAGCCACAGCCUGCUAGUUCUGGCCCCAAGAAGAAGACCUCAAAGAAGUAGGUUUUGUUUUCUCAAUUCCUCCCAUGUUGUAGGACAUUUCAUCGCACUAUUGGUCAAAUGAAUAUUUUGCCUUGUUUACGACUAUAGAUCAUAUGUGCCGAGGACAUAUUUUGUUCUUGAGUUUAUUGAUACGUAUGCUCUCAAUUGAACAUUUUAGUAGUGAUGAUACAUUUUACUAUUUGCUAA